UUUCCCCUCCGUGCUCACACCUCCCGUGCAUCAUCCUGCUCCUCUUCUAAGCACCCUGCGUCAGGGAAAAGCAAGGCACAGUAAGUUGACGUCGCCGCAGCGAAAUUUGCCAUCCCUGGGGCAGAUUGGUCUGGUCUUGCUUGCCCUGCGAUUUCACUACUGCACGGCAUAACCUACCGCGUGCAUGUACUAUGUCCCAGUUUAUUUCAUCUCACAUGGUUGUUUUACAAGGUCACUGAUCACUCCACGGCCUUCUUUACAUCGGCCUCUUCACUUCGCGAGGUUGAUUGCCCAUCACUCUCAGUUACGGCCUGGGCCUCUCUACCUGGCUGUACUCUCCGCAGCAUCCGAUCCGUGCCCUAGCCCUUCGGAAAGACCUGUACCGACCUCUGCACUCGAAAGGAACCAAAAUCUUAUUUGCACUCAAACUGUCCAUGGUUGACGCCGGAUCCGCAGGACACACCUAAAAUGUGGCGAUGAUUGAGCAAACCGGUGUAUCCCAGUAGCAGGAGGUUGCCCAUUGAUCCAGAAAUACGUCCGCCAUGGGCAAUUCUCAGACAAAGGAAGCACGUGGGCACGGCUCCUCUGGCCCACGGGUCAGUGGUAGUACCAGCCCGACGGGACGACAAGAUGGACAACAAAAUAACUUGGAAGCUCCUCUUCGACCCGCGCACUCCCGUCAACGAAGAGGCAGCCGACCCGACUUCUCCUUCCUCGGCCUUGGUGGAAACAGUGAUCAAGAUACCUCUUCACUUGAGCAGCGACGGGAGACCAAGGUGGAAAGAGAAGCUCGAAAGGCGGAAAAGGAAAGAGUAGCAAGACUCAAGGAGCGCGAGCGCAGCAUGAGAGAAGAGCAUGUCGAUGGGGGAUAUUUAGUGACCCAAGGUGUCUAUGUGGGUACGGAAGACUUCAACAAAGCAAUUGUCAGACAAUUCAUGAUCGAGAGACGAUUAGCUCCAUUCUGGAGAGGUCUGAACGAUUUCUCAGAUUCGUGGGCAGAGCAUCAACUCAUGGCAGCCGCCCGAGGCAUGGCCAUUCCGCCAGCGGAUGAAGUACCUCCGGAGCUUGAAUACCAGCUUGCGAAGAGGAUAACUACGGACAGGACCAAAGAAUCAGCACUCAAAAGCCUGACAAUCCCAAUUGGAGGCAGAUCACAGUCCUUUCAGUCAGAUAGCUCCGCCCCCUUAUCGCCGCCUCCCAAUUCUUUACCAAUUCCAUCGCCCUCCUCGCCGCCGCCUACCGGCUCGCCAGGGACUAGCACCUUUCGAACUCGCGCGAAGACACUGGCAUCGUUAGCGACCUCGUCUCGAGGUAAUUCCCAGGUAGAUAUGACGCCAAGAGAAUUCCAGCUGCCACCGGAUCCUUUCGUCAACGGUCAGCCCAUUGAAGUUUACCUCUACAAGGACGCAUCAGAAUGUCCAAUCUGUUUCCUGUACUAUCCACCUUACCUCAACACCACCAGGUGCUGUGAACAGCCUAUCUGCUCGGAAUGUUUCGUUCAAAUCAAGCGGCCUGAUCCUCACCCUCCAGAACAUGAACAACCGGAUCCGAAUGCGCCACCGGUCUCAGACGCUGAGCGUGAAGCGCAGGCCGAUGGUCUGCUUGUUUCCGAGAUUGCUACCUGCCCGUAUUGCAAAACUCCCGAUUUCGGCAUCACCUACACGCCACCUCCGUUCCGCAGAGGGCUUACUUAUGGCACAGGAUCUCACCCAUAUCAGAUCAGGUCAGCCAUGUCCUCUCAAACCUCAAUUUCUUCUGGAAACCUAUCUCCAGGCCCUGGACGGAGGCGGGGGACUUCCUUGUCUGCAAAUGCUCCGGAAGUGAUUACCACAGACAAGAUACGCCCUGAUUGGGCUACCAAGCUGGCAGCCGCUCGGGCCCAUGCUGCCCGACGCUCUGCAGCAGCUACGGCGUUACAUACAGCUGCGUAUCUCAUGAACGGGCAGAGUGCCGAUUCACGAGCCUUUGCAGCAUUUAGCCGACGCGGAAUGUUGAGACGAUCCACCCUGGAGGGUGGAGAGAAUGGACCAAGUUCUAACUUGAGCGCACUCGCAAUGUUAGCGGAAAGACAUGCAGCGCGGCAGCAGGAGGCGGCCGGAGAGACCCGCGCAAAUGCCUUGUUGCCUCCACCACGCGGCAGCAGUUCCCGACGAAGUCGGAUGGACGAUCUGGAAGACAUGAUGAUGAUGGAGGCUAUCCGCCUGAGUCUAGCGUCCGAAGAAGAGCGUCGGAGGAAAGAGGAGAAAGAAGCGCGUAAAGAAGCGAAGAAGAAGGAAAAGGAAACCAAGAAGGCCGAGAAAGCAGCACGGAAGAACAGUCUUUUCACGGUCAAUUCAAACGGCAGUAAUGGGGACGCCUCUAGCAGUCAGAUGGAAAGGUCUCGAAGCAAUCUUUCUCUCGGCCAAGACGAUGAAUCUACAACCAGCAAGGGCAAGGGCGUAGAACGGAGUGAUACUCCUCCUGUGGUGGGAGGCAAGGUGGAGGAAGAGGCUCCGCGACCAUAUUAUAUUCCGGCCCUGUCGUUGUCCGGGACCAGCCAAGAGUCUUUGGCGAGUUCCAUUCCGAUACCUACAGCGGCCGAACCAUUCCGACGGUCUCAUCUCCGGCAAAUGUCAACUGCCUCGUCAACUUCAUCUUCAUUUGUUGAACCGGGUCCUGCGGCUUCAUUUUCGGGCUCCGGUACCCCUCCGCCAGGAAGUCUUGAGCCUAUGUUCAAUUUCAGAAGCCUGGCCGCAAUGAUUGGGGAAGAUGAGAAAGACAACGACAGUGCUCAUGUCGAAAAUGCUCACAGAGACCAAUCGCCAAAAUUUCGAGAGGACACACAAGAGAAGGGUCCCUCAAAUGCUGGGGAGAGCUGGGAUCAUGACGACUCGGACCUUCCGGCAUCUUCAGAUUCGUCUGCAAUGCGGGAGAGCGACGCAGACCCGGUGGUGAAAAACGGAAAGCCUGUCGUUGAACCAUCAACCAGUAUAUCGCAUGUUUGAAGCGCGAUGUCGCACAGGUGAGCCAGGACAGCCAGAGUGCCUCUUGCUCCGGGCACACGCGUCGGGCUCUUCGUCGGCUCGGCGACGUGCGUUUGGCGGCAGCUAGAAGACAAAAGGCGAUUAAGACGACCCGAUUGCCAUCAGCUUCUUGCACGAAAUGAUAGAAUGUUUUCUUGGAUUUUGGAGGGUUAUGUCACAAACGUCGGUUGAUGCCCGUGUCGACAUCAACGCACAAUUCAGAAAUGGACACCGGAGGGCAUGCAAGGGGCAAUGGCAAAGCAAUGAUUCAAGGAGGGUCAUACAGGCUGAGAGGCGGCAGGAUGAAAUCCAAUGAAUCCAUGUUCAAGAUAUAGACAUUUGACAGAUGUUCCAGAGCUUUUCCGGAGCUCAUCACACGCUACGAUUUUCCCUU